AUGAAUUUAGAUAAUUCUUUUUUGAACAAAUUAGAUGGCAUUUCGAAAUGUACAACGUCUCCAAGACAAGCUUCUGAUGUUUAUAAUAUAAAACGUUCAACUCUUGAGAGAAAGAUAAAAAAAGCCAUUUUUGUCAAGUUUAGAUGUAAAACCGUACCAAAAUGUCUCGAUGAAAAUCUUAACAAUCUCUGGAAGAAAUGUAUUAUUGAUUGUUGUGUAGCAGUAUCCAAGAUGAGAUUUAGACUUAGUCGUGUUAAAAUGAGACAGCUUACAUUCGAGUAUGCUAAAAAACUUGAGAAAAUGUUCCCUCAUUUACGUUCUCGAGGUCGCAGUCCAUGGGAAACCAAUAAAGAGGCUGGAAUGGAUCGAAAAUCAGUAUUUAACAGAAACAAUUAUGGUCAGUAUUAUGAUAUGGGGAGUGACGAAGGGGGUUUGUCCAGCGUAAUAGUGUGUGACAGGGAGAAAGGAGAGGGUAACCGGAUGCGAACGUACGCAUACUGUCUUCAGGCUGCUGCCAAAGUGCCGACUAGAGGAGAACAUGGGAAAGGGAAUUUUAGGGAAUCACUGUUCGGGAAUCAGGAAUGA